AUGUCGGUUUCGACGAUACGUGCCAUCAGCAUUUUGCUGCUUUUGGCAUCUUACACAUUGGCAGAUCUUCCGUCAUGUGCUCGUGCGAAAUGCGUUCAUUGUGCUGUUGAUUUCAUUGAUAGAAUGUGUCCAACAGCGUGUGCUGGAUGCAAAACUCAACAUCAAGCUAUUCAGGCCGUCACCAUUCAAAGGCCACCACAGCCACCACCAGCAUUCAACACCCAACCACAAUUCGCUCAAUCUGUGAACACUCGCCAAGUCUCAAACGAGGGAGGACCACAGGUUCGCAACCCACAGGUCGUACAUCCACAAAUUCCACAGCAGCCCCAGCAACAACAACAACAACAACAAUUCCAACAACAGCAGCAAUUCCAACCCCAAGUUCAAACUCAACAGCAACCCCAACAGCAGCAACAACAACAACAACAACCUCUUCUUAACAUUCCCCUCCAACCACAUGCUCAACCAGUUCAAUUCGCUGCCCCAGUCUAUCAAGGAAACCAAAUUCCAUAUCCACAAAAUCAAAUUCAAACCGCCACACUCGCACCACUCGUAGAGCCACCAAAAGUGUCAUCAUUCGAUCCAAAUUUGAGUCGUCAACCGGCCGACUUGGCUCAACCACUCCCAGAAUAUCAAACCGGACAAGUGCAAUUUGUUCAACAACAAGCACCAAACCCAUUCCCACAACCACAGCAACAAGGAUUCGGUCUUCCACAGGCUCCACAACAAGCUCAAGGAUACGGACAACAAGUCGACAACAUUUUUAAUCAACCAAAUCCAUUCCAACUUCCACAAGCUUCACAGCAGCCACAAGGACUCUUCGGUGCUCCAGGAGCCGCUCCAGCAGCAGGGCAACAAGGCCAACAAGCUGCGUUCAAUCCAUUCCAACCCUUCUUGCAACAAACCAAUGCCGCAUUGGAUCCAUUCAAUCUGUUCAACUUGAAUGCCAACCCAUUGACUGUCAAUCAACAAGGAAUCAGCACUCUUCAGACUCAACAGCAGCAAUACGGUCAGGUACAGCAUCAAGGAAACUACAAUCAAAAUUACAACCAACAACCCCAGCAGCCUCCACAAGUUCCUCAACAACCUGCUCAACAACAACAGCAACAACAGUACAACUACAAUCAGCAGUACCAACAAUUCCAGCAACCACAACAACAACAACAACAACAACAACAACAACAACAACAACAGAGACCUCAGCAACCCCAACAAAACGUAUACCAACAGCAACAACAGUAUGGUCAACAACCACAGCAACAACAGUACCAAAACCAAAAUCAAAACUACCAACAACCACAACCAACACAACAACAACAACUCCCAGUUGCUCCACAACAACACGUUCAACAACCACAACCACAACAACCACUCCCACAACCAGUGGCCGCAUCAGUUGAUUCUAGACCAGUCAACUUUGAGAAAUACGUGGAUCCAGGAAAGGGAACACCACUCGCCCCACCACCACAGGCUCAAUGCCCACGUCAACCAGGAUGGCAACCAUGUAUAACCAAGGACACGGCCAACGACCGUUUCCGUAACUGUUGCUCUCGUCUCGGAGAGGGAUGUGCUCCCCUUUGUAACUACGAUGCUACCCUUGCUACUAUGCAAUUGGCUGUUCUCACUGGCCGUUGCCCACUCGCCAAGGUCGGAGACGUCAUGAUCUGUGCUUCUGGAUACCAAGACGCUUCCCAAUGUUGUGAAGCUUACGGAGUCUUUGAGCCAGGAUAUGAGCAUUGUCGUCCAUACUGUAAUCCAUCUGCUGGACUUCCAGAAGGAGGACUUUUGACUGAGAAGUACAAGUGUCUUGUCAAGUUGUCACACAUUCAACAGUGCUUCUUCGUUUCACAGAAGCCAUAA